AUGCCUUGUUUGGACCAAAUCCCCGAUGAGAUCAUCCACCAUAUCCUCACCUUUGUCUCUCCAGAGGACAACCUACUUCGGGUCCAGCUGUUCUCUCGACGGCUGAAUGCCCUCGCGAACGACCCCAUCCUCUGGCGACAGCAUUGCCGGACGUCAUUCGCACACUGGGACCCGCGCCACGACCUUCCCGCCAAGCUGGACGCGGACGUUGCCAGCGUCGACUGGAAGGCCCUUUUCCUCCUACGCAAGGCGAGGAACGUCCACAUCUCGAACCUCUUCGACGGGAUUCUCUCGACGAAGCUGGGUCGUGUGAGGAAGUUCGAACAGAUCUGUCGUCUGGGGUAUGACGCGAAGGACUUCCUCCUCGAGCAGUGCCGCACCAUCGACUCGGCGGAUGACGUGUUGGCCAGGAGGUAUCAUAGCAAGUCAAUUCUCGCAAGUCUCCGCCGCGGACUUGCGCUCGACGUCUGGAGAGAUCUGCGCAACGGCCCGGCGGUAGACGCCCGCGAUGGCCUGCCGGCACAAUACCCACCCCGGACUCUCGAACGUGCUCUAGGCGCACUGGACAUGUUCAUUAUUGAUAGCGAUGAGGGCGAUUUGGACCAUAUAUCCUCCCUUUUAGAUGACCUUACCGCGCAGUUUUCGGCAUGCCAUGCCAACCUAGAGGAUAUGAACAUUCGGGACAAGGCCCUGGCCUUGAACCGAUGGCUGCGAGCUCAUAAUCUGACUGGACUCGAGAACCCUGAGACAGAGUAUCGAAAUCUGAAAAAUUGCUUUAUCGGGCAUGCACUACGUGACCCAGAGCACCCUUCACUACCGCUCAUAUCUGCCGCCAUCUUUUGCUGCGUCGCAGAGAGGUUAGGCUUAACUGCACAAUGUCUCCCCAUUCCGGGCCAUGUCCAUGUUGUGGUGUUCGCAACUCGGGAGUCGACCUUGGAUGGAGCCCGAGUCAUGGACUCAACCCAGCCGGUCGAGCAAAUGUAUCUGGACCCUUUCUCCUCGGCUCACGAAGUGACGAAAGAAGCUGUCCUAGGGGUAGUGUUUGGUAUAGGGUGGCAAGCAUCCCUGGAUAGUCUGCUCACGCCUGCGUCGCCCGCAAUGCUCGUACUACGGAUGACGGCCAACAUCAAGGCUUCAUUCACGUCUACCCGCGGAGCCAUGAUUGCUAGCAAUGAGGUGACGACCGGCCUCCCCGGCAGGAAUACAGCGGAGAACCUGGAGCUAGCUGUGUACGGGGCUGCCUGGGCGAGUCUACUGCUCGCUCGCGAGAUGUCCGAGCUGUUGGAGAACAGCCGCCAGCUUGCCUUCUGGUUCAGGCCCCACCAGUCGGAAGACGCCUGGCUCCUUGACACACAUUUCUCUCCACUCUGCAGAGAGAUCCUCGGGAGCGACGGCCUCGGCAUGACAGAAUUCAUGCCUCAAGAACCUGAUCAGCCGCUACAACGUCGCGUGAGGACAUCCGAUGUGGUCUUCAGAGUCGGCCAGCUGGUUCGGCAUAUCCGCUUCGGCAACAUCGCGGUCAUCAUUGGCUGGACGUAUUUCGGAAGCGGCAUCUUUUACACGUGCAUGAUGGAUAGAGGCCCCAGAAAUAUUGUCGCCAAGGCUGACAACCUUGAACUUGUCACCGACCUAGACCCAGAGACGGUCACGAGCGCCUGGUUCGAGAGGGCGGGGCUCUAUUUUAAGCGAUUUGACAGGUCGACGUGUAGCUUCGUAUCCAAUAUUAGGGAGGAGUAUCCCGACGACUAA